AACGAAUAUUGCUUUGUCCCACCAGUCAGUUAAAUGGAGAAACGCCAUGUCGAUGGAGCACUAUCAUGGUCAGAAUCUAUUCCUGAAGCACCAACCACGACGAAAAUUUUCGAUUUGCCGCCUUUUAUUGGUGUAUAAAACCCCACCAACUCCUCAAUAGCUCAAGCCAAGCAAGCACCUCACAAUCCCCAAGCAUUUGCUAGCUUUUGCAUCACCAAUUAGCAAUCGCAUUGUGGGGGAAAAAGGGAAAAAGAACAAGAACUGAUGGGACAGAACUUGUCUUCUGGAAAUUACCACGAGUGGGCUACUGCAGAGCCAAGCCGUGUCAUGGCGUUUCACUCCAAAUCUCAAUGGGAAGAGCAUUAUAAUGCGUCGAAAGGGACUGACAAGCUGAUGGUGAUCGACUUCACGGCCACAUGGUGCGGACCUUGCCGCUGGAUGGAGCCGACGAUCGACGAGCUCUCUGCGACGUUUGCUGACGUCGACUUCAUCAAGAUCGACGUCGAUGAGUUGAUGAAUGUGGCGAGGCAAUAUGGUGUGCAGGCGAUGCCGACGUUCUUGCUGAUGAAGAAUGGGAAGGUGGUGGACAAAGUGGUUGGUGCCAAGAAGGACGAGCUCAGGAACAAGAUUGAGCAACACAGCAACAAGUCACAGCCAUACCUCCAUAGCAAUUCGUACCACUAUGCAAUAUGACCGCCGCCUCGUGUGCAGUCGACAAAGUAUGAUCGGCCCGUGCCUUCCGCGGUUAAAUAAGAACGCGUUCGCGUUCGUCUCUCCUGCUAUAGUCAUGGAGUUUUUAUUAGUCGGAAUAGUCACGGAGUUUGCGUUGUCACUUUUAUAUCGAAAACCACUCUUUCUCUUUAGUAUUUCUUUGGACUCGGUUGCUGAGAAAAAGACGACACACAAGCAUAUUCACUGCCAAAGAUCAUGCUUGAAUAAUAAUCAUCUUCCAUGAGUUUCUUGAA